AUGGCGACGAGCACCACGAAGACCGGCCAACCACUGGAUCGAACGAGUCUUGACACGCUUUUGCGUCGAAGACUCUUCUUCACUGCUUCCUUCGAAAUCUACGGCGGAGAGCGCGGUCUUUUCGACUACGGACCACCAGGGUGCGCCCUUCAAGCCAAUGUGGUGGAUCUAUGGAGAAAACACUUCGUUCUCGAGGAAGACAUGCUUGAGGUCGACUGCACAAUGCUGACCCCCGAAGCUGUUCUCAAAACCAGUGGGCAUGUGGACAAAUUUGCCGACUGGAUGUGCAAAGAUCCCAAGAGUGGGGAAAUAUUUCGUGCCGACCACCUUGUCGAGCAAGUUCUCGAGGCCAGGCUGAAGGCCGACAAAGAGGCUCGCGGGCAGACCGUUCCGAUUGACGAAGAGAAAGAAGCGAAGAAAAAGAAGAAGAUCAAGGAUGCCAAAGCCGAGAAGCUUGACGAUGCAGUCAUUCAGGAAUAUGAGGAGACGCUCGCAAAGAUUGACAACUACGGAGGUGACGAGCUGGGAGAGCUCAUCCAAAAAUUCAACAUCAGGGGCCCCACGACCGGAGCAGAACUCGAUCCUCCAAAGGCUUUCAAUCUCAUGUUCCAAACUCAAAUUGGGCCCAGCGCCCACAAGCCCAACGGCUAUCUUCGACCGGAAACCGCUCAGGGCCAGUUUCUGAACUUUCAGAAGCUGCUUGAAUUCAACCAGCAGUCAAUGCCCUUUGCCUCGGCCUCGAUUGGAAAGUCAUUCCGAAAUGAGAUCUCCCCCCGAUCGGGACUUUUGCGUGUUCGAGAAUUCUUGAUGGCCGAAAUCGAACAUUUUGUUGAUCCUGAAGGGGGCAAAAAACAUGCCCGGUUUGACGAGGUAAAAGACACCGAGCUGUCACUCUUGAACAGAAAGACCCAGCUGGCCGGCAGCACCAAGGCCGACGUGUUGACGAUUGGAGAGGCCGUUUCCACCGGACUGGUAGACAACGAGACUCUCGGGUAUUUCCUCGCCCGGAUCCAGGAUUUCCUGCUCAAGCUCGGAGUCGACAAAUCGAAGUUGAGAUUCCGACAGCAUAUGGCGAAUGAAAUGGCCCAUUAUGCCGCCGACUGUUGGGACGCGGAACUCUUUACCACUUAUGGAUGGAUCGAAUGUGUGGGAUGUGCGGAUCGAAGUGCUUAUGAUUUAACCGUCCACAAAGACAAGACUGGAGCACCCCUUGUUGUCCGUGAAAUGAGAGCAGAACCCCUUGUGAUUGAAGAGUUUCAGGUGAACUGGAACCGAAAGAAACUCGGACCCAAAUUCCGUCAAGACGCCAAAGCCGUCGAAGCUGCCGUCGAAGCGCUGUCGCAAGAUCUCCGUGAGAAGUUGUCAUGGGAAUUGGAGCAGUCGGGCAAAAUCGAGAUUCCAACUCCAGGAGUCGGCAGUGGGACCACAGAACUUGGCAAAGACCUCAUCCAGAUCGAGAAGAGAAAGCGAACCGAACAUGUGCGAGAGUACACGCCCAACGUUAUUGAACCAUCCUUCGGCAUCGGACGAAUUCUCUAUAGCUUGAUGGAACACGUGUACUGGACCCGUGAAGGGGAUGAAUCUCGCGGCGUACUCUCUUUCCCCCCCACCGUCGCACCCACCAAGGUCCUGCUGGUACCAUUAUCCGGCAAUGCCGAGUUCAAGCCAUUCCUCAGGAACCUGACGACCAGACUGCGUCGUUUGGGAAUCUCCAACAAGGUUGAUGAUUCAUCUGCCAGCAUUGGGAAACGAUAUGCUCGUAACGACGAGCUUGGAACACCGUUCGGAAUCACCGUUGACUUUCAAACCGUCAAGGACAAGACCAUCACACUCCGGGAUCGUGAUUCCACCAAACAAGUUCGAGCCAGUGAAGACGAAAUAGUUGCGGCGAUCAAAGCGCUCGUCGAUGGCGAAGAGACCUGGGAACAGGUCGCGAAGAGGUUGCCUGCCUUUGAGGGACAAGAUAUUGAUUGA